AUGGAGAUAGAAUCUUCUGCUGAUUGUGAUAUCCAACAUAUACUUAACAUCUCUGAAAUUAUAGAGCCUUCACUUUGGCCUCAAUGCUGCAUAUACAAGGUUCCUACUACUUUGUUGAAGGUGAAGGAUGAAGCAUAUACACCUCUGCUGAUAUCCAUUGGUCCUAUCCACCAUAACAACAACAAAAAACUUGAGGAAAUGCAAGAAUACAAACAUAGGUAUUUUCAUUAUUUCUGGAAUCGUUUGGACAGCAAAAAUGAUUUGAUGAACUACAAAGAAUUUCUUCAACAAGAAGAUCAGAAUAUACGCCGAUGUUACCAAAAGAAGUUCUAUGAUAUCAGCAAUGAACAAAUGGUUGAUAUGAUACUGUUGGAUUCUGUCUUCAUCAUGGAGUUAUUUUUAAGAGAAAACAAAAAAUGGGAACACAAAGAUGAUUAUAUUAUAACUCAACUUUGUGUGAGUAGAAGUAUUCAAAGGGAUUUGUUGCUUAUUGAGAAUCAACUUCCAAUGUAUGUCUUGGAGAAACUCUAUGGCACAGUUGUUCCAAACAAUGUCAAAAACCACAAUCUGUUUACCAUGCUAGCACAUGACUAUUUUGCUUCUUGCUACCCUCAUCACCAAGAGUCAUCAAAAAGAAUGUUUGAGGAAAAAAAUUGGGAGAAAUCAUUUCAUUUUACUGAUUUGAUUAGGUCUUCUUAUCUCCCAAUGAAGCUAAGCAAUCAACAUAUUGAUUCUCAAAGAAAAUGUUUGAAGCCAAGGACUGCAACAAAGCUUAAACAAGUUGGCAUAAGCUUUCAGAAAGUUCACAACCGAUGCUUACUUGACAUUAAAUUUCAGAAAAAGCCCUUUUUCAGUUGGUUUCUUUGUUUAGGUUGUUUACCAUGUUUCAAAGCUAAAUUUCUAUUCCCUCAAUUGAAAGUGGACCAUACAACCGAAUGUGUUCUUAGGAACCUCAUGGCUUUUGAGCAAUGUCACUAUCCAGACGAGCCCUAUAUUUGUAACUAUGUUUCUUUUCUUGAUUCUCUUAUUCACACCAAAGAUGAUGCAGAGUUGUUGGUCGAGAAAGAAGUGAUUGUGCACGAACUAGGAAGUGACGAGGAAUUGGCGAAUCUUGUUAACGGUCUAUGCAAACAUAUUGUGAUGAAUUCAUCGUGUUAUUUCCAACUUAUGGAGGAUCUUGAUGAACAUUGGAGAACUGCUAGGGGUAAAUUAAGGAGAAGCUUUUCUAAAAUAGCUUGGAUCGCAACUCUAAUAUUCCGCGUCUUUCAACUUUUGUUGCGUCGUUGAUUAGAUAUAAUGUUUUAGUUUAUAUAUCAUUG